UUAUAAAUCAUUUGAUUUGCAGGGAUUGUCGUUACAACCUCCUACUAAGGUUCUAUCUUUGACACAAGUGGUAACUGAAGAAGACCUCAUAAAGGAUGAAGAUUACGAAUUCAUAUUGGAAGACAUGGAGACAGAAUGUGGAAAAUUCGGUAGUCUAGUCAACGUGGUCAUCCCGCGCCCUAAUCCUAAUGGUGAACCUGUAGCAGGAAUUGGCAAGGUUUUCUUGGAGUAUGCAGACACGGAAAGUUGUACGAGAGCUCGGGCAGGAUGGGAUGGAAAACCGUAGGAACAUGGUUGUCGGAAAACAGUAGGUACACGGUGGUCGGAAAAUAGUAGGAAACGGUGGUCAAAAAGCUGUAGGAAAAUUGUGGUCGGUACUUUGUCGGAAAUAGUAACCUCUUUUUUUGUCGGAAAUUUGUCGCCAAUUUAGUCGGAAACUGGUUGGAAACGCCGUUUUCCGACAAAAACCUUGGUCGUAAACGAGACAAUUUUUUAGUAGUGGAAGGAAGUUUGGCGAGAACCAAGUGGUGGCGAGUUUUUACCCGGAGAAUAAGUUUUGUCAGGGAGAGUAUGAUGGAUGAUAACCAUGUUUUCCUCUUUUGUUUUGUUACAGCAUAGAGGUGUGCAAUGUCUCUUUUGGAUAUUUGCUUAGGAAUUAGGAGGUGUUGUUGUAUUGUUUCUUUAUCCCAUCAUAAUCAUUCAUCCUUAUGCCUUAACUA